GAUUAAACGGCCCAAGUCUCCCUACCGCACGGCGACGAUCUUACUCCGACAAGUACAGAAGCAGGGUGCGGGCGAAUGCAGAAAAUGCUAGAAACAUCUGGAAAAAAUCUUUAAAUUCUCCUUUUCAUUUCCGAGGUUCCUGAUUAGGGAGCAGAUUUGAAACGAUUGUGCAGAUACAACGCUACAAACUGAAAUGCCAUGGAUGGUAUUGACGCUGAUAUGAUUGAGGCGGACUCCUCCACGCCGCCGACUUCGUUGCAUCCUCACCCGCCUCUUGCAUCAUCAACAUCCAGUUCAGACCAGGAUGAAUUCGUCAGGAAUUUGCUCGCGAUGGCUCGCCGACUCAUCGAUCAGAAUAUGCCGUCACAGGCUCUUCAAGCGGUGGUGGUGGCAAUAAGAUCAAGAGGAGGGGAAGAGGCUGUUCAUCAAUUGCUUAGCCGUGCUAGAGAGCUAUACAGUAAUAAAGUGCAUGCAAGUGCAGCUGCAGAUGAGUUGGCUUCUUUGUUUUCCGAAUUUGCUAUUACGCCUUCACAAACUGAGCCCUAUCAACAUGUAGAAAUAGAUAAGAGUGGAACUUCAAUACUAUCAGAGACCGGAAGGAAACAGGUUAUGGAGGAUGCCUUCUCUGAUGGAAGUAGCUUUGUCUGUUAUCAGUGUGGAGGACUGGUUAGCACCCUCAGGAAGGAUGAGCACUACUCCUUCUGGUGUUGUAAGUUGUGACUUUGUCUGUUGUCUUGUUAGUAGCAUCUGCACAUUGUGUCAGAAUAUCAUUUGCCGUAUUGCCAUUAAAGAGUUAAAGAGUUAUAUUGUUAAGAAUAUAAUACCAGCAGUAGAUUGAACACAUAGUGUUUUGAUCUCUUUGAGUGUAGUCAUCUCAUACAGAUUUGUGCUUUGUACAUUUUGCGAGUUGGUAUUGAAGGUUUUGUGAGUGUACC